UGUAUAGCCCCGAAUCACAACAUACAUCAUCUUAAAGCACUUUACAUAGUAAGGUUUGGACCUUACAAAAUUAUUAAGAAUCCUAAAAAGUUCCCAUAAUAAGCAAACACUUGGAACUGUGGAAUGAAAUACUCCCUCAUUAGGUGGAAGAAACCUCUGAAAUAUUAUCAAAGUUACCAGAAAAUGUUAUGCCGCAUUCUAUUAAACUUUGGAGCUCGUAAUUUCUGACCCCCAUGUCAGAAGCUGCAACUGGGAAACCCCCACAAGUCCGAAUUUCGACAUGGCAAGCUGGAGGAACCUCAUACCCCAGAGUUCGAAAUCCGAGAUGGCCCCUCCUUAUAUCAAGAGUAGUUUUACUGUUUAUAGCACUUCUGUCAUUAAAUGUGUUGUACAUGUAGUGCUAUCCAAUUAAGGUCUGUGGAUGCUUUACUAGAGUAUGAGUAUACGUGAAACGCCACGUUAGUAUGAACUGUUUUUCUAACAAUGGCUGGUUGGCAAAAGUAAACAUUGUUCCUGUGCAAGUGGAACGCUAUCAACUCGGGGUGUUUGGGUGUGACGUCAUCCCAACGGCUGACCUCCCAGGUGUAAAAGAACAGAAAUACUGAGUCUUAACAGGGUCAUAGAAGAGGUGGGCGGGGUCUGUUGCAGGUUGUCGGAUAUUCUGACUUGAAAUUUCCGUGAUCCGACUUCCAAGCGCUCCAAUGCACAGUGAUGGCUCGUGAUGAGACAAUUCAACUGGGACCAGUGCAGUGGGAAAACAAUGCAUGAGGCAAUAGACGCCAUUAUACAGUUUAUUUAUGGUGUUUUUAUACUUGGAAACACAUUCCAAUACAGGAAACAAGAGUCCAACUGAGGGUAGACGGGCCUCAGUGCUACAGUGUCUACGUCUCCAUGAGCGCUGCCAUUGUUGUGUGACAUCAGACAACUGCUGGAAGAUGAAUUCCCCCGAGUUUGAUAUUUGAGUGGCGUUCCAUUUCAUUUUUUCGAGUUGUCUGGAACACAACAUGGGACCGGUCCUUCAUUUAGCCACCAGGGGGCGGUGGAGGCUCUUUGGCUUCACUUUUGGGGGGGGGGGGCUGUCACGUCGUCCAUCUUGAUUCCCAGACCACAGGUUCUCCACUGAACCCUCUCCUCCGAGCUGCCUGACGUCAUGACGGCGCUGACACGUCACACCACGUCUGACAGCAGACAUGACGGGCUCGGUGCUCUCGGCUGUGGAUUGUCCGUGUCACCACGCUCGCAGCCUGGGAUGUGUCUCCACUGUCCCGGUGUGUUGGUGAAGGCGCUGCCUCCAUGUUUGCGGUGCCGGGUUAAAGUCUGGGUGUGUCCCUGCAGCGGCUCGCGCUGCUCCCUCUCCUCGACAUCUUCUUUUUGUUGUUGUUUUUGUUUGUAAGUGUCGCGCGCUGUGGCUCGUGCUGUCAGCCCCGGUCUCGUGCCUGGACGCGCGCAUGCAUCAGAAUGGCUCCGGCGGCUCCAGCGGCUCUGACGGUCUCGGUGGCGGCGGCAGCGGCGGCAGGGAGCGGCAGCAGGCUCCGUCCUUCAGCCCGCUGCCCUCCGCCACGACUCGGGUGAGACGCUUCAUUCAGGAGAGACGCACGCUGCCUCUACCCAGAGUGAUGGUGGUGUUCUCGGCCGCGGGGGACACCGACAAACCCAGCGAUGCCAUGUCCGGCUCGGACUCUGCGGAGGACGAGCUCCGGAAGCCGCCGGCCUCCCCUUCGCCGAGCCGCAGCCUGAGCAAGCCGCUGCGCCCCGCGCUGAGCGCACAGGAGCAGGAGUUUCCAGAGGUCAUCUCUCUGAACGUUGGGGGCAUGUACUUCACCACCCGUCUGUCCACGCUACGGCGAUACGAGGACACGAUGUUGGCUGCCAUGUUCAGCGGGCGUCACUACAUCCCACGUGAUGCUGAGGGACGCUACUUCAUUGAUCGGGAUGGAACGUAUUUUGGGGACAUCCUGAACUUCCUGCGAGAAGGCGAGCUUCCCCACAGGAACCGAGUGCGACCGGUGCACAGGGAAGCUCAGUACUACUCCAUCGGCCCGCUGCUGGACAGCCUGGAGGACAUUCAGCCGCUCACGGGAGAGAAGGUUCGACAAGCGUUCCUCGAUCUGAUGCCCUAUUACAGAGACAAUCUGGAGCGCAUUGUAGAGAUCGCCAAACUGAGGGCCAUGCAAAAAAAGGCACGUUUUGCCAAGUUGAAGAUCUGUGUCUACAAGGAGGAGAUGCCCAUCACGCCGUACGAGCGUCCUCUUUUUAACUCUCUGCGCUUUGAGCGCUCGGACAGCGAGGCCAAGCUCUUUGAGCAUCACUGCGAGGUGGAUGUCUCCUUCGGACCAUGGGAGGCAGUGGCGGACGUUUACGACCUGCUGCAUUGCAUCGUCAGUGACCUGGCCGAGCGGGGCAUCACUGCCGAGCAGCAGUGCAUCGGUGUCUGCGACAAGCACCUUAUCAAUCACUACUACUGCAAGAGGCCCAUCUAUGAGUUCAAGAUCACGUGGUGGUGAAGGAGGGAGGCACUCGUGGCCGAUUGAACCAAAAUGGAUGUUACAUUUCUUUCUAUAACUCGGCCGAUAUUGGUUUUUGUAUCAAAGCGCCAAUAUUUUUUGCUGAUGUCUUUAAAAUGUGACCCUUUAAAUCACAUUCUAAUUUUUAAAUAUUCAGUUUCCCCCCAAUUUAUUUUUUAUUUCUGUCUCAUCAAAGUUUAAAUCACAAUGAAGCAAAAAAGAAAUACACAUGGUUCAGUUAAGUUGGAACAUGUAGCUGAAACUUAUGGAGCAACACAAACCUUCAGCCUCUAAAAUUCUCAUAUAAUUGAAUCAAAACUUCACUAAAACAGUUUCAACAAAACCAAACUGAUUUAAGUGGAUGUAAAUACCAACACUUCCACUGAGAUCCAGGCCAAUGCUAAACAGUACUAUUACUUUAAACUGAAUAUCCCGAUGUUGCUGACGUAUGCAUUUUGAUUUCCUCCACCCGAGUCUGCACUAGACGAGUUCAGGCACAUGUUUUUGCAUUGCAGGGAGCCUAGCACAGUCCCAGUAGUUACAUGCAAGCUGACGACCCAAUGGCAAAAAAUACGCCCCCAAGUCACAGCUACUGUAUGUGUGAAUGAAAGGAGGAUCACUAUUCAGCUUCUGUAGACAGUUGUGUUGAUUCAAACUGAAGUGAAUUUGUCAAAAAACACGAAACAUGUAGAUGUUGACAGUUUUUUGUGCAUCUCACGUACCAGAUUUACUUUUAUUGAAAUCAAUACAACUGUCUACUCCAGAGAUGUCAUAAGUGAGAGAGACGCUGCUGUAUGGAUAAGCCUAAAACCACCUAAAGCCAUGUUUUAUGACAUAUCGUGCACCUGUAUCAAGGUGCCAGAUGUCUGCUUUACGAAGGCCAAAUGGGAUCAAGCCCAUCGUGUUGGUGCAUACUGCAGGGACGAGAAACAGUUCAAAUGUUUCCAACCAGUCAUAGAAUGGCUUAGUGCUAACACAUGUCUGACAAUAGAAAAAUCAUAUAAAAGUUUGGCUGUAAGUGCCAUAGUUUUCCACACUGAAUGUCGAGCAGUGCUGUGGCUAAAUAAGUGUAGACACUGAUGAAGAAUCGAAGCUGUCGCUGGCAUCUUGCUUUGCAGCAAAUGUGAACAAGGUAACAGUCUGAAUGUGCAAAAACAAUCUAAAUCCUGAGAUGAUUGUCGCAUCAGGAGGUAACAUAAUUGACCUAUUUUAAAAGCCAAUCAUAAAUGUGUUUAUCUUGUUGCCAUUGUUAAAAUUAGUAUCGUUAUCAUCUCCCACUUUCAUUUAUUCAUAAUUGAAUUAUCAGUUGCUUUGCCCUGAUGUGGAUUGAUAUGUGGUCGCAUCGAACAUUUCCAGUAAAUAUUAUAAAGUCAAGUAUAGUAUUUUUAGGACUAAUGUUUGUUUCAGUAUACAGAUGAGUAACUGUGGACCUGUUCCUUUUGGAAAAACAGUAUAUUUUAUUUAUGCAACCUCCUGAGGAGUGUUUUUUUUUACGAUUUAAAAGAGGUUGGGUGGUGUCUGUUUUUCUCAGAACAGUCAUCACAUUUGACGUGGUUAUGUAGAAUCACUCAGUUGUAGAGAGUUGGAGAUUGAAGGAAGACAAAUUUAAGGAAGCUGAAUUUGUUGCACACUAAUGAAAAUAAGCAGUUGUAGCUGAAAUAUACAAGCGAGAAUCUUAAAUCAAACAACUUAAGUAGUUAUUUAAUGUCAACUUCCGCUUGCAACAUUACAUACACAAGUUAAGUUAAAUGGGUAUUUCCUACCGUACUUGAUGAUGAAGUCUGAGCACCUUGUGUUUGUCACCGAGAUGUUUUUGUGUUUACCUCAAACCGCUCUGUAGUUAUUAACUGUAGAGUGGAACAGCAUCGACAUCAGUUCAUUUAUUCUUCACUAAGAAAGAACAUGCAGUUUGGAGCACUAGGUUUGAAUGUUUUUUAUAUUGUUCUAACAUAUAUUUUCUGUUAGCUUCUAGGAAGCUAUAGAUCUAUUGUUCUCUAUGUGUUCAGUUAGUUUGUAGUGAAAAAGCAAAGUGUGAUUUUUAUUUAUCUAAAAUUAAAAAUUACUGUUAAAAGGUGAAUGUGUCCCCAUCUCUUUAUGAAAAUACUGCUUGAAAAAAAGCAUUGACAAGAACAGGUAGACAUAAUAACUGAAUGGAUAAGAGUCGAUUUGUUAUGCAGGUCCAGCACAUGAAUCAUGAAAUCUGAAACAUCUAGAUUUCACUGUUUGCAGCUGUUUGGUGAUAAUCAGCUCAUUGGUCUGUGUGAACUCUGAACACAGCAACAUACAGUCACUUGAACUAUUUAUUAAAUACGUCGCAUUAGGAUGAAAUGCAUAAAAAACUGUACUUGGUGAGGGUGACCACAGUAAAACUUGAACCUGCUUAAAUUCAGCAUGUUAGCAUUGCCACUGCGAGUGUGUUGCCUCUUGCCUGCUUUGUAAUUGACUGAAUGACUGACUGACUGAAUGACUGAAUGACUGUCUGACUGGUGACAUGAUAAGACGUGAAUAUUGAGGAUAGCUCCCAGCUUCAGCACCAUGGUCAGCUCUUUAUUAGCAGUUACUGUAUUU